UAUUUGUAAUUUAGAGUUGACGUUUAUGACAGCUAUCAAAAUAAAUAACCGUUAAAACUUUUGAAUUAAAUAGUGAUAAAUUACAAGAAAAAUUUUUUGAUAACCAAUUUUUAUAGUAAUAGAAAUGGAUACUUUAAAGUUGUUUGAAGAAUCUCUACUGUACUUUUAUGAAGAAGUUAGAGUGAAUACGUAUAAAAACUGGAUUUUUGAUAAUAGCUCCGAUUGUAAUGUUGAAAAGAUGGCAGAAGCAGGAUUCAUUUUUGUUGGAGAUGAAGAUGAACCGGAUGCUGUGAAGUGCUUUUUUUGCAACAAACAUCUUGAUGGUUGGGAGUCGACAGAUAAUCCUUGGAAAGAGCAUUUAAAACAUGCACCAAAUUGCUCAUUUGCAAAACUAGAAACAUCUCAAAAUAAUAUAACAUUGGAUCAAGCUCUUAAACUGAGAAGGGACUAUUUAAUCAACAUACUCAAUGCUCAUUUCAAUGAUAUAGACAAUGAAUUGACAAAUACACUUAAAAAAGCCAAAGUGCAGAUAAAAAAAUCUUAAAUGUAGGCGUCAAAUUGUGAAUGAAUCAACAUUCUUGUGAAGGUUUAGAAUAUCUUGAUAUUAUGUUUCUUUUAUUAUUUUCCAGUAGUGUCAAAUGUAUUCUGAGUGACGUUUUAAAGUAAUUAAGUUUA